GCGUCUCUUUUAAAAACUCCUUUCUUGCCUGGUAUUCUCACUCACACACACCCGGUCCCGGUCGAUCCUAUCCCACACUAUGUAGACAGGUUCAGAAUCAAGAGAGCGCGUUUCUGAGAAGACGUGGCGUGAACCGGUUUAGUGUUUAUUUCUCUCUCUCGGUUAUGGACUACAUUUGAGAGCGAGAGGAGAGGGAGAAAAGAAAGCUGAACCGAGAAAACAAAUGUCUAGGCUACUCUACAACAACAUCAUGGACUCUGUUCUCCUCUCAGUCGUUACGCUGGUAGUUGUUUUCGCCUCCUCUUCCUACUCUCUUUCCUCCUCCGACGUCGUUCCCUCUCCUUCCUUCAUUCUACAGUUUACCGACUGUGUCCAGAGCCGCGGGAGAGACGGGUUCUACCAAGGGGCUGUGGACGUGACGGAGUCCGGUGUGGUGUGUAUGAGGUGGAGCGAGGUAGCGGGGUUUGAGGAGCGCUAUCCGGGUAGAGGGCUGGGGGAUCAUAACCGCUGUCGGAACCCGGACAACAGGAUCAGACCCUGGUGCUUCUUCAGGAACAGCCGCGGCAGAACGGACUGGGGCUACUGCGACUGUAAACAAGGGUCAGUGCGCCUGCAGGGCGGCCGCUCUAAGCUGGAUGGCAGGGUGAGGUGUAUCUACAGGGGUCUGGGGGUCUGUCUGUGUGAUGACUGGGGAGACCAGGACGCUACAGUGGUCUGCAGACAGCUGGGACAGGG